CCUCGUGACGGUAGUGGUGACCGCGCCGGGCUCAACCGAGUGGUGCCGAACCGGGCCGAGCCGAGCCGAGCCGAGCCGAGCCGAGCCGAGCCGAGCCGAGCCGAGCCGAGUCGAGUCGAGUCGAGUCGAGUCGAGUCGAGUCGAGUCGAGUCGAGUCGAGCCGAGUCGAGUCGAGUCGAGUCCAGCCGAGCCGAGCCGAGCCGAGUUGAGUCCAGCCGAGCGGAGCCGAGUCCAGCCGAGCGGAGCCGAAAUGCAGCGUGCGGCAGCUCGGGUGCUGCGGGGAGCCCGGGGUCUGCUCUAUGAGCGACACGGGGAGCCCUCUGCCGUGGUGCAACUAAAGGACCUCGAAGUGGCUGAGCUGGGGGACUCCGAUGUCCACAUCAAGAUGCUGGCAGCUCCCAUCAAUCCCGCCGACAUCAAUAUGAUCCAAGGGACGUACGCCAUCCUCUCCCCGCUGCCGGCUGUGGGAGGCAAUGAAGGUGUCGGGGAGGUGCUGGAGGUCGGGCGUCGUGUGGCGGCUCUGAAACCCGGGGACUGGGUCAUCCCAGCCACCUCCGGACUCGGGACGUGGCGGACACAGGGGGUGUUCCCUGAGAAGAUGCUGCUGAAGGUGCCCAGUGACAUCCCGGUGCUGUGCGCUGCCACCCUGAGUGUCAACCCCUGCACAGCGUACCGCAUGCUGGCCGACUUCGAGACCCUGGCGCCAGGUGACUCCGUCAUCCAGAACGCCGCCAACAGCGGCGUGGGCCAGGCUGUUAUCCAGAUUGCCAAAGCCUCCGGCAUCAAGACCAUCAACGUGGUGAGGGACAGACCUGAUCUCCCAAAGCUGGUGGAGAGGCUGAUGGCCCUGGGUGCAGACCACGUCAUCACGGAAGAGAUGCUGAGAAAGCCAGAAAUGAAAGAUAUAUUUAAGAGCAUCCCAAAGCCCCGGCUCGCCCUGAACUGCGUCGGAGGCAAAAGCACGACGGAGAUGCUGCGGCAUCUGCAGCCCAAAGGCACCAUGGUCACCUAUGGCGGGAUGGCAAAGCAGCCUGUGAUGGUGCCUGUGAGCGCCUUCAUCUUCCGGGACGUGCGGCUCCGCGGCUUCUGGAUGACCCAGUGGAGGAAGGACCAUGAGCAGGACCAGGAGAGCGUGGCCAGCAUGAUGGAUGCCCUGUGCCAGCUCAUCCGCAGGGGCCACCUCAUGGCACCAGCCUGCACUGAGGUCCCGCUCCAGGACUACAAGGAAGCGCUGGAAGCUGCCAUGAAGCCUUUCACGUCCUCAAAGCAGAUCCUCCUCUUCUGACCUGCAGCUCGGUGCUGCUCCACUGCAGCCAUGCUUCCCCUUGCUGCCUUGUCCGCAGGCAGGAGGUGCUGAGGGAGGGAAAACCUCCAGAUCCAUUGAUUUUUUUUGUCAUUUUUACACUUUGAGAUGUCAAUUUGAAGGUUUAAAAGCCUCUGCAGCUUCGCAUGGCUGGCAAUGUGUGUCAUUGAUGUGCGGGGAGGCUGCAUCUCGCUUUAGCUGGGGGAGCUUGGCUGCAAGAGGAAGCUCAGGGAGCCCAGGGCCGGCGCUGGCUCAGCUCAGGGUGUCAGAAGAGCAGCAGUUCCCCCUUAUACAUGUGUUUUGGGGCUUUGGGGAGCCUCCUGCCUGCACUAGUGACGCCAGUGUGGUUCUGCUGCUUGCACUGUCCUUCCAGGUGAUUUUUGGCUGCUUUUGGGUGACUUUGCAGGGUAUCACAGGGCUGGUCACUGCCCUUCUCCCAGCCAGCACAGUCCUGCAUUCACUACUGCAGCCUCUGAGCCACCUCCAUGUCCCCCCUCCCAAGUGCAGAAGCCAAGUGCCCAUGGUUUGGGGAACCCUACACUGAAUGCAGGGAAAAAAACAGUUAUUUUUACAUGUUAACAUGGUUUUUCCCUGCCUGGCCCAUGCUGUGCUGCAGGGCAGGGGCAGGGGAGGCCUGUGCAGGACAAGGACAAGGGCAAGGGCACAAGGGGAUUUUCCAGCCUUUCGCAACACUUAAUCUCAAAACUGGGCUCAAAUAGCGAAGAAAAGGGAGGAGAAAAAUCGAGUUACCAAGGCCCAGCCCACGCUGCUGCAGCAGCAGGAGCUGUGGGACAGGAGCAUUGAGAACAAGCACUGAUAGUGGGGUGGUGGCAUUCAGCUUAUGGCCGGGCACCCACAGGGCAAAGGGGGGCUUUCUGCAAUGCCUGGACUUGAGUUUUGCUGCUGUUCCACUACUGAUUGUGACGAGAACCUCUUGGAAAUCACUGUCUAAUACAAGUCUAUUUUUUUAA